AUGUUGCAUGUCUUAUGCGGAGUGCACAAUCAUCCGUCUGCUGAACAUCUUGAAGGGCACUCAUUUGCUAAUGGAUUAUCUAAGGAGGAAACAUCCUUAUUAGUUGACAUGUCCAAGAGCAUGGUGCGACUGAAAAAGAUAUUUGUUACAUUGAAACAAAGGGAUGCCUUUAAUGCAACAACAAUGAAGACAAUCUACAACGCACGUCAUCGACAUCGAGUAGUACAGAGGGCGGGAAGAUCACAGAUGCAACAACUAUUGGGAAAAUUGUCGAUUCAAAAUUAUGUUGAGUGGCAUCGAUGUGAUGAUAAAGAAAAGGUGACUGACUUGUUCUGGGCACACCCAGUUAGUUUGGAGUUGUUACGUACAUUUCCACAUGUGUUGAUUAUGGGUUGCACAUACAAGACUAAUAGGUAUCGACUCCCUCUCUUAGAGAUUGUUGAGGUAACAUCAACGGACUUGACUUUUUCAGUUGCUUUUGCUUAUCUUGGUUAUGAACGGGAGGACAACUAUACAUGUGCUUUAGGCAUAUUGCGUAUUGUUCUGGAGAAUACUGUUUUUCCAAAAGUCAUUAUUACAGAUAGGAGUUGGCUUUGA